AUGAAUGUCGAAGGAGAAGAUACAUCUAAAAAAAUUCAGGCGAAGUUCGUGACGAAGCUUGACUCUCCGUUCAAAGCUCCGGCCACCCCCUACGUUAUCUCUUCCAAUGUCACUCGUCUCGGUCUCUCUUCCGUCGUCAACUCUCUUCUCAAACUCCACCACCAUGAGCCAUUUGACUUUCUAAUCGAUGGGGAGCUUAUCCGAAUGUCACUCGAACAGUUUCUUCUGGCAAAGGGAAUAUCGGCGGAACGAAUUCUUGAAAUCGAGUACAUAAGGGCUGUGACACCACGGAAGGAGGAAAAGCCUUCAUUGCAUGAUGACUGGGUCAGUGCGGUUGAUGGUUCUUCUCCAAGGUUCAUUUUGACCGGCUGCUAUGAUGGUUUAGGAAGGAUAUGGAGCUCUGCUGGAUCGUGUACCCAUAUUUUAGAAGGUCACGCUGGGGCAAUAUCCUCUGUUGCUUUUGCUAACUCCCAAGAUGCAGAAAGCGUUACUGUAGCCACUGCCUCUAAAGAUCGGACAUUGAGAUUGUUUAAGGUUGAUACAGCUGAAUCUCUCGACACUACUACAAGAUUAGGGGCUUACAAGAUAUUGCGUGGGCACAAGGCGGCAGUGCAGAGUGUUGUAGCGCAGAAAUCCGGAAGCAUGGUUUGCUCGAGUUCAUGGGAUUGCACGAUCAAUUUAUGGGACACAACUGAGGCUGAUUCAGAAGGGGUCACAGCAACAGUAAAGAGAAGAAAAGGGAAUAAUCAGAAAGAGGAAACUCAGUCAGAGGGAGAGGCGCAGACUACAUUUGUUGGACACACACAGUGUGUCUCAUCAGUCGUUUGGCCAGAGGAUGAUGUAAUUUAUUCCGCUUCUUGGGACCAUUCUGUAAGGAGAUGGGAUGUUCCAACAGGGAAAGAUACUUUGAACUUGUUCUGUGGAAAAGCUCUCAACACGGUAGAUGUUGGCGGUGAAGGUUCUGCACUCGUAGCUGCUGGUGGUUCAGAUCCUAUCCUUAGAGUAUGGGAUCCUCGUAAGCCAGGGACAUCCGCUCCCGUGUUUCAGUUUUCUUCACACGCGUCGUGGAUUUCCGCCUGUAAAUGGCACAAAAGCUCUUGGUUUCACUUGCUCUCCGCUUCCUAUGACGGCAAAAUCAUGCUCUGGGAUCUCAGAACCGCUUGGCCUUUGUCAGUUAUCGACACACACAAGGAUAAGGUUUUAUCUGCCGACUGGUGGAAAGGAGACAGCGUAGUCAGCGGAGGAGCAGACUCUAAGCUUCGAAUUUCUUCCGGAAUCUCUAUAUCUUAA